CGUCUCUCCCCAUCGUGCGUGCCCUCUCGGCCUCUCCAAACCUCGGGGCUCCGAGGCAUCUCCCGCCAACCCAAUUUCGCUUCCCGCCGCGAAUCCCCCCCGCCUCUCCCAUCCCACGGCAUUAAACCCCGCCCAAAAGGCCGCUCGCUUCGGCAGUUGGCGACACCCUGACCCGAAAUCCCAGCCGCCGCGGCACGCUUUUGUUCCUCUCUCUGCUCGAGUCGGUACGGCUACCGGCGGCGGCGGCGAUGAGCGCGGUGAACAUCACCAACGUGACGGUGCUGGACAACCCCACCGCCUUCCUCAACCCCUUCCAGUUCGAGAUCUCCUACGAGUGCCUCGUGCCCCUCGACGACGAUCUGGAGUGGAAGCUUACAUAUGUUGGAUCAGCUGAAGAUGAAAACUAUGAUCAACAACUUGAGAGCGUGCUUGUUGGCCCUGUCAAUGUUGGGACCUACCGUUUCGUACUCCAGGCUGACCCGCCAGAUCCCUCGAAGAUCGGUGAGGAAGAUAUAAUUGGUGUGACCGUGCUGCUUUUGACAUGCUCUUACAUGGGGCAGGAGUUCAUGAGAGUAGGUUACUACGUGAACAAUGAUUAUGAUGAUGAGCAGUUGAGAGAAGAGCCCCCAGCCAAGGUGCUAAUUGACAGGGUUCAGAGAAAUAUUUUGGCAGACAAGCCCCGCGUCACCAAGUUCCCUAUCAACUUCCAUCCUGAACCCAGUACAAGCGCAGGACAGCAGCAGCAGCAGGAACCACAGACGGCUUCACCAGAAAACCACACAGACGCUGGAAGCAAGCCCGAUGCUGACCAAUGAUCAGAGUUGGUGUGCUAACAUUUUGAUGCGCGUGCCUUUCAGGAUGCCCUGUAAUAUUACGAAUGGGAUUAGUGGUUCUGCAUUGCCCUGAUUUCCUGGUUCUAGCACCUGGUGGCUGCUUAUAACUGUUUGUGCUGUAACUUCGAGUUGCGAAUGCCGGGUGCAAGAAGAGUAUUCCAGCCUGUUCUGUUGCAAUUGCUGUAUGCUUCUUCGAGUAGUGUAUCACCCUAAACUGCUCACAGGUUACUCAUCAGCUUUGUGGUAUAAAU